GCCGGCAGUCUUGGCUCCUUGCUUGCCCAGAUGGCUGCUCUGGGACCAGCGGGUGAACCGGAGGCUGUUCCUGGACACGACGGGCGUGACGUCGAAGGGGGUUAGCUGGGAAAGAGUUCCCGUCGAUCCGCCGCACUCGAGCUUCGUCGACUCGUCAAUUGGGAGCCCGUCCUUUGAUAAAAAGGCAGCCCUCCUGUCGUCUUUGGCAUGUUCCUGUUCGAUAGACAUUCUCAUCAGCUCUCGACAAACCUCAACCAUGGCUGCUAAACGAAUCUUGCUCGCCGCGUCUCUGACGGCAUCUAUCCUGGCUGCUCCUGUCAUCGAGGAGCGCCAGAACUGCGGAGCCCAAUGGGCUCAGUGCGGUGGCAUCGGCUGGGGCGGUGCCUCUUGCUGCCAAUCGGGAAGCACGUGCGUCUACUCGAAUGACUGGUACUCGCAGUGCCUGCCCAACAGUCAGGUGACUACCACUACUAGCAAGCCCACCACCACCACCACCACCACCAAGCCUCCAACCACGACGCCCACCACCAAGCCUCCGACCACGACGCCCACCACCAAGCCUCCAACCACCACCACCACCACCACCAAGCCCCCGACUGGUACCGCCUCGGGCACCGCCUCAUACACUGGAAACCCCUUCUCGGGGGUCCAGCUCUGGGCCAACUCGUACUACGCUUCUGAGGUGGCGAACAUUGCCAUUCCCAGCCUGAGUGGCGCCAUGGCUACCAAGGCCGCGGCAGUCGCCAAGGUUCCCAGCUUCGAGUGGCUUGAUACCGCUGCCAAGGUUCCCCGCAUGAUCGACACCCUCCAGUCGGUCCGUGCCGCCAACAAGGCCGGUGCCAGCCCGGCGUAUGCUGCCCAGUUCGUCGUCUAUGACUUGCCUGACCGUGACUGCGCGGCCGCCGCCUCCAACGGCGAGUACAGCAUCGCCAACGGCGGUGUCGCCAAGUACAAGGCCUACAUCGACUCGAUCCGGGCGCAGCUGAUUGCCUACUCGGACGUCCGAGUCCUCCUCGUCAUCGAGCCCGAUUCCCUCGCCAACCUGAUCACCAACAUGAACGUGGCCAAGUGCCAGGGCGCCCAUGACGCGUACCUUGAGUGCACCGACUACGCCGUCAAGCAGCUCAACCUCCCCAAUGUCGCCAUGUACCUCGACGCGGGCCACGCCGGCUGGCUCGGAUGGGAGGCCAACCUGCAGCCUGCCGUCAACAUGUUCGCCAACGUGUAUAAGAACGCCGGCAAGCCUGCCGCCCUUCGCGGACUUGCCACCAACGUUGCCAACUACAACGGCUGGAGCCUGUCCUCGCCGCCGUCGUACACCUCAGGCAACGCCAACUACGACGAGAUCCACUACGUCAAGGCCAUGGCCCCUCUCAUGGCGGCGGCCGGCUGGCCUGCGCACUUCAUCACCGACACCGGCCGCAACGGCAGGCAGCCGACUGGCCAGCUGGAGUGGGGCAACUGGUGCAACGUCAAGGGCACGGGCUUCGGCGUGCGCCCCACGACCAACACGGGGCUCGACGUGCAGGACGCCUUCGUUUGGAUCAAGCCCGGCGGCGAGUGCGACGGCACCAGCAACACCAGCGCCGCGCGGUACGACUACCACUGCGGCCUCGCCGACGCCCUGCAGCCCGCCCCCGAGGCUGGUGCCUGGUUCCAGGCCUACUUCGAGCAGCUGCUCACCAACGCCAACCCCGCCUUCUAAGGGUGUGCACCAUGCACGAAGACGAAGACGAAGACGAAUAGCUAGACCGGCGUGCUGUGUCGGCCAUGUUCUUUCUCUGUACAUAGUUCUAGAC